AUGAGUCUUACGUCAGGUCAUAUUCCGAUACUCCAGACUAUUAGGCGUCCCAUAGGUGACAUUGACAGUUUGGCCUACAAGUUACCCGGUGAGAUACCAGCGAGCUCAUGGGAAAGCCAUUUCAGGCACGGUCCAAUCUCCUUGUCCCAGGGUAGCUCUAAACAGUGUCGUUCGCAGGUCAGGUAUACUUUCACCCUAUACUACAAAAUCCUCAGUGAGCAGGACCCUAAGCACCCUUACAAGCAAUGGCAACCCAAUCAGGGCUAUUGGAACCAACCCGAGGGCCGAACUCCGAUCCCUGCAACGCUAUGUAAUGUCGCGGCUUAUCAUGAUAACAACGCCGCUAUUUAUUUUACGUGCUUGCUUCCUUCCAGUCUCACAGCUUCACCAAUUCCUGCAAUGUGGAAAAUUUGGAGUGCGCUAUUAGGCGUGAGCUAUGCCUCACAAACGGUCCUACGCGGGCCAUCAGCAUCGGACUUCACCACCUUCCAAAGCCCAAAUUCACCUCAUUCAAUACGCAUCCGGCAACAAAAUGAGACAAUCUGUGCCACAGACUCAAUGCAGUAUACAGGCUGGCUAGAUAUUGGACAUAAGCACCUAUUCUUCUGGUACUUUGACAGCCAGAAUGAUCCCGUCAACGAUCCAUUAACACUAUGGAUGAACGGUGGACCCGGUGCCUCCAGUAUGCUCGGCCUAUUCCAAGAGAUUGGUCCUUGUUUGAUAAAUGAGCAUGGCAAUGGAACCGUUCGCAAUCCAUGGGCCUGGAACCGAAACUCGUCUUUGCUUUUUGUUGAUCAGCCGGCCGGUGUUGGCUUCUCUUAUGUUGAUGAGGGCUACGACAUCCCGCACGAUUCUAAGGAGGCGGCUGUUGAUAUGCAUCAUUUCCUUCAAAUCUUCAUUUCUGAGAUAUUCCCUGAUAAGCUGUCUUUGGAUGUUCACCUCUCUGGAGAGUCCUAUGCUGGCAAAUACAUUCCCUAUCUCGGGGCUGAGAUCUUGACUCAAAACGAACGAUAUCCUCAGGAGACCCAAGUCAAUCUCAAGUCAUGCCUAGUAGGCAAUGGUUUCAUGUCUCCUAAGGACACAUUCUACGGCUACUGGGAAACACUUUGCACUACUAACCCCGGUGUUUCAAUGCCCGUAUUCAAUAAGACCCGAUGCGAUAUCAUGGCGACUAGUAUGCCUCGGUGCAUGGACGUCGCUGAUACAUGCAUCCGCAGUCCCGACACUGAUAUUUGCAACACCGCUAGCUCUGUUUGUAUGGACGGCGUGACUUCUUGGUAUGAGAAUGAGAGCGGGAAAGGAGGUCGCAACCGCUUCGAUAUCACGGGGUUGUGUGUAGUCGAUAACUUUUGCUAUAAGAAGACAGAGCACAUCGAGCAAUAUCUUAAUUCACCUACUGCUUGGAAUGCUCUCUCGCCACCGCAUGAGAUCAAGGAGUAUAAAAUCGAAUCUGAUGCCGUUAUAAAAGCGUUUUGGACUACACCAGAGGGCAUGACUUGCGCGUCUGAUGCUGUGCUAUUCCUCCUUUCUCGUGGAGUACAUUUCUUGGCUUAUCAAGGAAAUCUCGAUCUGGCUUGUAACACAGCUGGAUGCCAUCGAUGGGCGAAUUCGCUUUCCUGGAAAGGUCAAGUUGAGUUUUCAGCGAAGUCACUGCAGCCUUGGAUUUCGAAGGUGGAUGGUCGCGAUGAGGUGGUCGGCACGACUAAAGAAGUCCGGGUACAAUUUGAUGGUCAUUCAAAAGUUGCAUCACGGUUUGCUUUGGUGACAGUUGACGGGGCGGGUCAUCUACUGCCCCAAGAUCGCCCAGAUGUCGCGUUUGAUAUACUAACACGGUGGAUUACGGGUGUUCCUUUCGUUGGCUCUUAA